AAAAAAAUAUGAAAAGAAACAGAUAUCAGUGUGCGAGUGCCAGGACAGUGAGUGCACGCUGCUUAAGUGCUAUCUUGGCUUUGGAAAUUGAGGUUUAGGAGGAUUAUUUGGACAAAAAGAGAGAAAGGAUGUGAGCAAGAAAAAGGCAGAAAAAAAAAAACACAUGCGGACAUAUACGCAAAGGUUUCUGCCUCGGCUGUGGCAUGAGCCACAGACGUUAUCCUGGAGUUGUGCACUGAUAUGGCUGCAGAUCGAGAUCCUGUAACAAGGUUUCGGCAGCCAAGAUGGUGCAGUACUUCACAGAGGGCCGUGUAUGUCUAACUAGCUAUCGUUACACAGUCUAAGCAGGCCUGAGCCAGUCUUACAACAACCAAAGAAUAAAAUUAUACUCUUUCCUACUCCAAAUCGCUUCUAUCUCUCAGACUGCUUUGUUGGUUGCGAAAGGGAAUUUAAAUUAAGAGGUUUCCUUCUUCUUUCCACAAAUCUACCCCCCAAUCAUUUUCUGAGAGGGGGUCUUUCUUUCGUUCAGACGGCUGAUACCUCAUUUUAGAAGCAGUUUUUAUCGGCAAUAUCUCAUUCGCGGUUAUUUGCUCAGUUCAAGCAAAACUCUCCGUUUCGGUCUCCAAAAUGUCAACAACAAGCCAAGACAAUAUGCACUUUGUCCUCCGAGCACUCUGUGAGGCCAUAAAAUGGCCCUACCCCUGUCAACGGGGCGCCGUUUGCUGUGGAACAUCUUUAAAAGAAUGACACGGCGAAUGUUCCUUUUGUUUUCACAGUAUUUUUACAGCGUGAGAGCUCGUCUCCGUCUGCGGCCCCGGCAGAUUACACAUCAAAGGAUUAGCGCGAAUAUUCGGGCGGCGGGGAAGACCUUAAAAGCAACAUUUAAGAUUCAUGUAAACAAACUCACAGAUAGUAUACUUCCAGGUUUGCAAACAAGCACCAAUAUUUAGCCGGAGGUUUGGAGAGGAUGAACUCUUCCUUCAUGUCACCACAUGAGGGCGUAUCGUUGUAUAAACACAUGAGGAGUAAAGACCCCAGAGUCUGAUAAACUGAUUGUCUGAAGCAUUUCUGCAAAGAGAAGAAGAGCAGCUGAGACUGAAACCAUCACUAUCAGCUGGUGAUCAUUAUCUCCACUAGUUUAUGAAGCAUUUAAUUAUAUACCCAUUACAGGCUUACUCAAAAGACUAAAACAAAUACAUUUAGAUUGCUGUCAUAGUUUCCCAUCUGAGCUGAAAUUAAGUGUAAGUGUUUCUAAAUGUUUAAAUUAUGAAUUACAAUUGGAAAAUAAGUGAUUAUUAGAUAUCACCUGAUAUUUAAUGAAAAUUAAAUUUAAAUGAAAUUGAAUGAAAAUUUGAUAUAAUAAGGACAUUGAAACUAAAUGAUGAAAAACUGGAUCCUUUUGAUGUUAGAAAAUAUAAUGAGUUGAGUUUUAGGUGGAGUGGAGGCGUCACUGUAAUCAAAAUGUCACAGUUCACUCCCACAUCAGAGAAAUUACGGAAAGGGGCUCUAAGAGAGAGAGGGAGAGAGAGACAGAGGGAGAAAGAGAGAGAGGUGAAGGGGUGGAGAUACGGUGGGAUGCGGGGUGUUCGGGCUCAUCCCGGGGGCUGGUGCACCGGGAGAGGCCACUGUCUCCCUCCCUUCCAAUGCCACAACAGUCCCACUUUUGGAGACGUAAGCCGGGCUCAUCGGACAUCCGGAACCCCAUCUGCCCCCACCCUCUCUCCUCUCUCCACUCUCUCUCUUCCCCACCUAGUCCUCAUUCAGUCCAGGUGGCAGAGCGCACAUCGGCCGAGGGAUGCAGCCUCUCAUCUCCAGCACAUGGGCAGCGGAGCUUGGAGCGGCCGCAGAGCGCCACGGCUCCAUUAUCUGAAAGAACGCCGACACCAGGAAGGAGUCACCUCUGCGCCUAACCCCUGGGCUCCAGUUUAAAGGAUAUAUUUCUUUACGCGACUUUUUUUUUUCCCUCCUCCAUCCCAUUUUUUUUUUUUUUUUCCAAUCCGAGCGAGCGAAUGAAGUUGUGUUCAAUGCGCAACCAUGCUGAUCAUCUCGUCUCGCAGUGCGCUGCUGUCCGUCUACUACCCGCAGAUCUUCCUCAUCCUCACCAGCGGUAGCUACCUGGCUCUGUCUUCCGUGGUAGCUCUGGGUGCAAACAUCAUCUGCAACAAGAUCCCGGGACUGGCCCCCCGUCAGAGAGCCCUCUGCCAGAGUCGCCCCGACGCCAUCAUCGUCAUCGGCGAAGGAGCCCAGCUCGGCAUCAACGAGUGCCAGUACCAGUUCCGCUACGGCCGCUGGAACUGCUCUGCCCUGGGGGAGAGGACCGUCUUUGGACAAGAGCUGAGAGUAGGCAGCCGGGAGGCGGCCUUCACUUACGCCAUCACCGCCGCUGGGGUCGCCCACGCCGUCACGGCGGCAUGCAGCCAAGGCAACCUGAGCCAGUGCGGCUGCGACCGCGAGAAGCAGGGAUACCAGGACCAGGAGGAGGGCUGGAAGUGGGGCGGCUGCUCGGCCGACGUCAAGUACGGGGUGGAGUUCUCGCGGCGAUUCGUGGACGCCCGCGAGAUCAAGAAGAACGCCCGCAGGCUCAUGAACCUGCACAACAACGAGGCAGGGCGAAAGAUCCUGGAGGAGAGGAUGAAGCUGGAGUGCAAGUGUCACGGCGUGUCCGGCUCCUGCACCACCAAGACCUGCUGGAUCACCCUGCCCAAGUUCAGGGAGAUCGGCUACCUGCUGAAGGAGCGCUACAGCGAGGCGGUCCAAGUGGAGCCGGUGCGGGCCUCGCGGCUCCGCCAGCCCUCCUUCCUGCGCCUGAAGGAGGCCCGGGGCUACCAGAAGCCCACGGACACGGACCUGGUGUACCUGGAGCGCUCGCCCAACUACUGCGAAGAGGACACGGCCACGGGGAGCACGGGGACGCGGGGCAGGCUGUGCAACGGCACGUCGAGCCACGCCGACGGCUGCAACGCCAUGUGCUGCGGCCGGGGCUACGACACGCACCACUACACGCGGGUCUGGCAGUGCAACUGCAAGUUCCACUGGUGCUGCUUCGUCAAGUGCAACACCUGCAGCGAGAAGUCGGAGGUUUUCACGUGCAAGUAGGAGGCGUCGAACGGAAGAGGGAGGCUAAGAGAUAUGGCAAAGUCUGAAGUGAAGAAGGACUUGGGGGUAUUUAUUACUUUUUGCACAUUCCGACAUCCUAUUUGGAAUUCUUUAAAGGAAGGAAAAUGGAAUAUGAGGUUUGGAAACGGACGUUUAAACCACAUUUUUUUUUUUUUUUUUUUUUUAUUUUCACUUUGUGCGCACACUGGUACCGAAGUGACGCGAUGACCCGGAGAGGUGAGAAGGAUUUGAGGUUCCUCUUUAGGCAGAAACAGAAACGUUUUCGAACCUUAAAGCUGUCCCAUGCAAGGGGAAAUCGACCAAGGCCCGAAACCCGAGGAGACUCGGGGGCCAACUGGAAACGCAACAAAUGCUUUCAGACUGCCGUGAAACGGGACGGGCAGCGCCUGACGGGAGGCAGCGGAAGACGUUUAACUGUACACUCACACUGUAUUCUGUUUGAACACUGAAAAUAAAGCAAAAUUAUUUAUGUAAUGAUAUUUUUCAAAAUUCGGACGCAUAGCAAACUGUUUACCUGUCUUUUUCUGAUCUCCGAUUGCUACUGAUUCGCUUAAGGAAAAAGGAAAGACGCCCACGUCUCGCCAUCGGUUCAUCCUUUUCUUUUUGCACUCACACGGUCACGUUUUCUUAUUUUAUUUCAUCAGUUUAUUCGGGCACUGACACAUCUCUCACGGACAAAAAUCCCACUCGCCCACAGCCCAGACUCUUUGUUACGCCAAGAGCCAAAGAGGCAGAAAAAAAAGAAGAAAAAAAAACACACACACGUCGUAUUUUAAGCACCCGGCUCGUCGGUAUGAGCGGCACUUCAUCCCGACUGCGCUCGCCGUUUUUGUUUUCGGAGGGCUCUUGACUUCUGAGAAAGCCGUGUAAGCCUCGCUGGAACCCUAUAGAGGUGCAAUCAGGUUCGGAUACAUCCAACAUUCCCAUGAGCGACACAGACGUGGAAUUCCACAUCGCGGCCUCUGCUUACACAAGGCCUUCCAGCGCGGUUUAGGCCUGCCUGGGUGGAUGGCAUGCGCCUUAACCACACAGAAGGGGGUACGAGAGGAUCAAAGGCCUCCGAGCUAUUUUUGGACAGCGACCUUAAUGUAUUCAGAAAUGUUUACUUAGGCUUUAUAUAACUUACAAAACAAUUUGAAGAGUAUAUUUUUAUAUGAGGAACGUGGCACUUUAUGUCAUUUAUAGAUGGAAAGAGAGUCACUAUUUACAAGUGUUUUCUAACGUCAUUGUCCGCGUCGGUGCGAGAACAAAAAAAAAAAAAAAGAAGUCACGGCGGUCCGGAAAGGUUGAGCGACUCGCGGAAGUUACGGAAAGUCCAGAAAAGCUUGUGGAAAUCGUUUUUUUUUUGUUUUUUUUGAAGUAUGGAAGUUGAAAGUACGUUGGAAGUUUCGGCUAAAUGCACAGCUUUAGAUGGAGAGGGUUUCUGUGUUUCCAGCUGUCUUAAUAGUGCUUUUAGUGAACUAGGAGCAAACGUGUAAUUAUAACUUAAAACACAGCUUAAUUUAUUCAUUUUGUGGCAAAAGUCUACAUCCCUCACGAACAUGGACAGUUGUAUUACUUUUUUUUUUUUUUUACCAAAUAAAUCUUGUGCAUAUUUGUAACGCCUCCUGAGUUUUUAUGUCACAUUUUGGCCAUUUACUGGCAAAUAAUUACAGAAAAAAAAAGCUGUUUUUCACACACACACACAAUACUUUAUUAGGCAUUUUAUAACCUCGUUACCUGAGCCGAACAUGAAAGACAAAACUCCAGCGAAGGUGCGAGGCCCCGAAACCAGAAGGCACAAAUACAUUACAGUAGAGGCCCGAGGCGCGGCGAGUCGGGGAGGUGAAGCGCGCGAGGCCGCAUUCAGCGCCCGGCUGACUCGCGCGGCCUCUUUCCUGUGGGGGGCUGAAAAGCAUUGCAGCCAGCCAGUCGAGCGCGAGUAACGGCUGUUUUGUUAGCCGUCUGAAAUCCUGGGGACCGGAACCGCGUAAGCUCCCCUCACUAUGCCGGCGGAUUGAGGGGAGAGUCCAGCCAAUUGUUUCGAUACAUUUUGUCAUUAAAAAAUCAGAGGCAGAGCAAACAGGGUGGAGCAGGGUGUGGGCAGGCCCGUAAAGCGCCGCAUUGUUGAGGUGUCAGGACCGUUCAGCUUAUCCGGCUAGCGGGAGGAGCAGGGAGGGAUGUCAUUCUGCAAACUAAUGCUUCUGGUCUGAUUCACUCGCUCGCUCGCUCGACGGAUGCGCGCUUUCGCUGCGCUCUCGCCCGCCGGCUAAUCUCGGCUCAAAGAAGAAGCGCGGCCGCAACUAAAUAUGAAGCACAUCAGUUAAUAAAUAAUACAAAAAAAAAAAA